AAGGAAGCAGGCGACCUCGAUCAAGAGAGGUGUAGGAAGCAGGCGGCCUUUCCCCGCUUGGCUUGGCUUUAUGCCUACCCCGCUCGUACUCUUUCUCUACCCCUCUCUUCCCUACACCUCAUACUCCCUAGGCGACGCCGCCGAGACAACCCCGCGCCACGCCUCCGUUCACAUAGGCAGCUCGGCCUUGCCUUGCCGAUAAAGAGAAGCGGGGAGCGCGUGCGCGCGGCGAGGCCAUGGCGUUCCACGGUCACCUCCCGCACGAGAUAUCCAUGCCGCCGCUCGGCGCGGACGACGCUGCUGCUGCUGCUGCCGCCGCCGCGUCAGGCGCGGGAGGCGCGCCGCCGGCGUGGAUGAGGUACGGCGACGGGAGCUUCCUUCACCUGCAGACGACGUCGGACUCGUCCGCAGCAGGGGUGCAGUGGAUGGGAGCAGGCGAGGACGCGGUCGCGGCGAUGGGCGUCGGCAGCGUCGCGGUGGAAGCGGAGGCGGACGCGGCGCGGUGCAAGGCGGAGGUCCUAGCGCACCCGCUGUACGAGCAGCUGCUGUCAGCGCACGUGGCGUGCCUCCGCAUCGCCACACCGGUGGACCAGCUCCCCCGCAUCGAUGCGCAGCUCGCGCAGUCGCAGGGCGUCGUCGCCAAGUACUCCGGCCUCGCCGCUUCCGCAGCCGGAGACGACGGCCGCGAGCUCGACCAGUUCAUGACACACUUUGUCUUGCUACUCUGCUCAUUCAAAGAACAACUACAACAGCAUGUCCGUGUUCACGCUAUGGAAGCAGUGAUGGCUUGUUGGGAACUUGAACAAAAUUUACAGAGUUUGACAGGUGCCUCGCCUGGUGAGGGCACGGGUGCAACCAUGUCAGAUGGUGAAGAUGACCAGGCCGAUAGUGAGGCUAACAUGUAUGAUCCUAGCUUGGACGCAACGGAUGCUAUGGGCUUUGGCCUUCCCACCGAAAGUGAACGGUCCCUAAUGGAACGUGUUCGUCAAGAGUUAAAGCACGAGCUCAAGCAGGGUUACAAAGAGAAGCUUAUAGACAUCCGAGAAGAAAUUCUUCGCAAGCGAAGAGCAGGAAAGCUCCCUGGAGACACAACUUCCACACUGAAAGCUUGGUGGCAAUCUCAUUCGAAGUGGCCAUACCCAACAGAGGAAGACAAGGCUCGGCUAGUGCAAGAAACAGGGCUACAGCUAAAGCAGAUCAACAAUUGGUUCAUCAAUCAAAGGAAAAGGAACUGGCACAGCAACCCAUCUUCCUCCUCCAAUGUCAAAAGCAAACGCAAACGCAAUGCAGGUGAUAGCAAUUCAUAGCGCUUCAUGGAGAUCAUUGCCGAGGGCUGAACGCCGAAUGAGUGAGCUCGCGGUGAACGCAUAAAAAAACCCAGAAGGCUGCAAUAUGCAGAGGUGCUUAGAUCAGAAAGCUUUUCAGCAGAAGCAGGAUCAACAGCUAUUAGAAUACCAAUUGUUAUUUAUGGACGGAACUAAUUGCCUCCAUAGGUAAUCAUAUAGUGUCUGUCAGUGCUUGAUUUAAAGAUCAGAGGAAGCUUUUCCAAAAGGGUUGUAUAAGUGGCGACAUUUCUAUUUGAUUGCUAGAUACCACAUGGUAAUAGUGCUUAGUAGAUCGACGUUUAUGUUCUCUUCUACAAACACAGUAGAACCCCAAUGUUUUAACCGUCCUUUAAACAAUUUUUUGAUCGGACGUGUAUAUGUAUGCGUACAUGUAUGUAUUUUGUUUAUGUCCUUGGUAUGGGCGGGUUAGGUGCUGCACCUCGCGUUUUAAUCUGCUAUUGUUCAGCUUUUUGUUU